AUGUUGAUAAGAAGCACAUGUAUAAAAAUACCCUGGAGUGUGCUUUCUUGCAUUGCUCUUGUUGUGUUUUCUUGUGGCAUUAAGAUAACUAAGGCUCAAGAUUAUGACUCCCCGGAUACCCCGGCGGCACCGCCACCCGAGCAAGGAAAAUGUGAUGGCAUUUUUGUCACUUAUAAUUUUAUGGGGCGUGAGAAAAUUUAUCCAUUGGUGAAGAACACUUCGGCGCAGGCGUGGUCGUUUAAGGCGAUGGCGACGGUGUUGAAUGCAGGGGCUUAUGAGCUGAAAUCGUGGAAGAUUUUAAUUGGUUUUCAACAUGAUGAGCUGCUGGUUUCGGUCGAUGGGGCGGUGGUUGCGAAUGGAGAUGGAGAUGGAUUUCCGAUUAAGGUGGGAAAGAAUGGGACCCUCUUCGCUGGAUUUCCACAGUCUGAUUUGGAAACCGCCAUUGACACUGCCGGGGAUUACACUCAGAUGAUGGUGCAGGUCAAUAUUAAAGGAACACUAUUCGGUGUGAAGCCUUCGGCCACUCCAAUGCCUAGAACAAUAAAACUUGUCAAUGAUGGAUAUAAAUGUCCUGGAGCCACGCGUCGAGGAAGUUACAUGCAUGUCUGCUGUAAAAGGGACCCAAAAUUUAAGGCUAAGAAAAUCAAAACGAAAUUCAUGCCUCGCCAAUACGGUGAUCUGUCCUUCACAUACGACAUUCUUCAGGCAUACGAAAACAAAUACACGGCACAGGUUACCAUUGACAACAAUCAUCCACUCGGUCGCCUUGAUCAAUGGAACUUAACUUGGGAGUGGAUGAGAAAUGAAUUCAUUAACAGCAUGAAGGGAGCCUACACUCACAGAAAAGACCCUUCAGAUUGCAUUUAUGGUGCACAGGGACAAUACUACCAGGAUUUCGACUUCUCGACUGUAAUGAAUUGCCAGAAAAAGCCGAUUAUUUCCGACCUACCUCCUGAGAAAGAAAACGAUGACAAGGUUGGGAGAUUGCCUUAUUGCUGUAAGAAUGGUACCCUUUUGCCAAAUACUAUGAAUGAAACCAAGGCAAGAGCUAUUUUUCAGUUAGAAGUUUUCAAGCUUCCACCUGAUAUGAACAGGACAGCACUUUAUCCUCCCCAGAAUUGGAAAAUUGAAGGUUUACUGAAUCCAACUUACAUAUGUGGCCCUCCUUUUAGGGUCGAUCCGACAGAAUUUCCAGAUCCUAGUGGAAUCGCUGCAACAUCUUCUGCUGUUGCAAGUUGGCAAGUUUCUUGCAACAUAACACAUCCCAAGCCGAAGCAUGCAAAAUGCUGCAUUUCUUUCUCGGCUUAUUAUGCUGAUUCUGUUGUACCCUGCAACACCUGCGCAUGCGGCUGUGGUGAUGAUGCACGGUGCAAUCAAAAUGCAGUGCCAUUGCCUUUGCCUCCAGAUGCUCUUCUUGUGCCUUUUGCUAAUAGGACGCAGAAAGCGAUAGCUUGGGCUAAACUGAAACACCACAAACUGCCGGCAAAACUGCCGUGCCCUGACAAUUGUGGGGUGAGCAUCAACUGGCAUCUUGACACUGAUUACAAAACUGGAUGGACUGCAAGAAUUACUCUCUUCAACUGGGAUGAAGUUCCGUUUGUUGACUGGUUCACUGCAUUCCAGUUUAAAAAGGCCUUUCCGGGAUAUGAGAAAGUUUACUCUUUCAACGGCACCAAACUUACUCGACCUAAUAACACCAUCUUCAUGGAAGGCUUACCAGGUUUAAAUUACCUGGUAGGAGAGGUAAACGGGACUCACCCGGAUAGAGAUCCCAAAGUUCCUGGAAAGCAGCAAUCUGUUAUUUCAUUCUUGAAAAAAGACACCCCCCAUAUAAAAGUGGCACAAGGUGAUGGUUUCCCUUCACAAGUGUUCUUCAACGGUGAAGAGUGUGCUCUUCCAAAACAACUUCCCAUAAUAAGUGGAGCCACCCGAUCCCCCACCAGUAUGCUGCCAGCAAUUUUGCUUUCUGCUGCUACUUUUGUACUGAUAUCGGAUAUAAUCCUCUCUGUCUCGGGAAAUAAAUGGAAUGGUGUGCUUGAGAGGAUAACCAACAGCAGGAUAUGCAGCAAAGAUUAUGGAAGAUUGGUUGGUUCUUAUCCGACAAGCAGAUGGAGGGAUUGUAACAAGUUUGAGAUGUAUAGGAAUUUGUGA